CUGUGUGCGUUUUGCAGGUGUGUGUGUUUUAAUUCGGCCCGGUAGGUGGGACUGGGCGACUUUGGCACCAUCCCACACCGCCCCCCGCCUCCCACCACCACCAUUUUCCUUUUUUUUUUUCUCUUUUUCUGGCGGCGGGGGUGCGGGUGGGGGAGGCGGCAGGGUCGCCACCCUGCAAAGUCUCCGAGCCGGAGAUCGCCGCCCGACCCCGGCUCCCCGAGCGGCCAGCUGGCCAGUGCCGCGCCGGCCACCAUGCCCGGCAGCCCUCGCUCCUAGGCGCUCCCGGUGGCCGCGAUGCUUCCCGAGGCUGGAGGGUCUCGCCUCUGAUCACACCGGCGUUUUCAAAGGCAGAGGCCCCCUCCCCCUUCCCCCCUCCCUCGCCGUCUUUGUUUCCUUCCCCCUCCCCAGCUCUCCCCACUCCCCACUCCCCCCACCCCACCCCCUCUCCUCUCCUCCUCCUCCUCUCUUUUAGAAGCCGCGAUCCGAGAUGGAUGUCUCUCUCUGCCCAGCCAAGUGCACUUUCUGGCGGAUUUUCCUGCUGGGGAGCCUGUGGCUGGACUAUGCGGGCUCGGUGCUGGCCUGCCCGGCCAAUUGCGCCUGCAGCAAGACCGAGAUCAGCUGCCGGCGGCCCGACGAUGGGAACCUCUUCCCGCUGCUGGAAGGGCAGGAUUCGGGCGCGGGCAGCGGGGGCAACGCCAGCGUCAACAUCACCGACAUCUCCCGGAAUAUCACUUCCAUACACAUAGAGAACUGGCGCGGUCUGCAGACGCUCAACGCCGUGGACAUGGAGCUCUACACGGGCCUGCAGAAGCUGACCAUCAAGAACUCGGGGCUCCGCAGCAUUCAGCCCAGAGCCUUCGCCAAGAACCCGCACCUGCGCUACAUCAACCUCUCCAGUAACCGCCUCACCACCCUGUCGUGGCAGCUCUUCCAGACGCUGAGUCUCCGGGAGCUGCGGCUGGAGCAGAACUUCUUCAACUGCAGCUGCGGCAUCCGCUGGCUGCAGCUGUGGCAGGAGCAGGGCGAGGCCCGGCUGGGCGGCCAGAAGCUCUACUGCAUCGGCGGGGACGGCGUACAGCUGCCGCUGUUCCGCAUGAAUGUCAGCCAGUGUGAUCUCCCCGAGAUCAGCGUGAGUCAUGUGAACCUCACCGUGCGGGAGGGGGACAGCGCGGUCAUCACGUGCAACGGCUCAGGCUCGCCCCUGCCCGAUGUGGACUGGAUGGUCGGCGGACUGCAGUCCAUCAACACACACCAGACCAAUCUGAAUUGGACCAACGUCCAUGCCAUCAACCUGACGCUGGUGAAUGUGACCAGUGAGGACAACGGCUUCACGCUGACCUGCAUUGCGGAAAACGUGGUGGGCAUGAGCAACGCCAGCGUGGCUCUCACUGUGCACUAUCCGCCGCGCGUGCUGAGCCUGGAGGAGCCCGAGCUGCGCCUGGAGCACUGCAUCGAGUUCGUGGUGCGCGGGAACCCGCCGCCCACGCUGCACUGGCUGCACAACGGGCAGCCGCUGCGCGAGUCCAAGAUCAUCCACGUGGACUUCUACCAGGAGGGCGAGCUGUCCGAGGGCUGCCUGCUCUUCGACAAGCCCACGCACUACAACAACGGCAACUACACACUCAUCGCCAGGAACGCGCUGGGCACGGCCCGCCAGACCAUCAGCGGCCACUUCCUCAGGGAGCCUUUCCCAGAGAGCACAGAAAACUUCGUCUCUUUCUACGAGGUGAGCCCGACGCCCGUCACGGUGACCCUGAAGCCCGAGGAGGACACGUUUGGGGUGUCCAUCGCCGUCGGUCUGGCCGCCUUCGCCUGUGUCCUGCUCGUGGUCCUCUUCAUCAUGAUCAACAAGUAUGGCCGGAGGUCCAAGUUUGGAAUGAAGGGGCCCGUGGCUGUCAUCAGCGGCGAGGAGGACUCGGCCAGCCCCCUGCACCACAUCAACCACGGCAUCACCACGCCAUCCUCACUGGACGCCGGGCCCGACACGGUGGUCAUCGGCAUGACGCGGAUCCCAGUCAUCGAGAACCCCCAGUAUUUCCGCCAGGGCCACAACUGCCACAAGCCCGACACGUACGUGCACCACAUCAAGCGGAGGGACAUCGUGCUGAAGCGCGAGCUGGGCGAGGGCGCCUUCGGGAAGGUCUUCCUGGCCGAGUGCUACAACCUCAGCCCCGCCAAGGACAAGAUGCUGGUGGCCGUGAAGGCCCUGAAGGACCCCACCCUGGCGGCCCGGAAGGACUUCCAGCGCGAGGCCGAGCUGCUCACCAACCUGCAGCACGACCACAUCGUCAAGUUCUACGGGGUCUGUGGCGACGGCGACCCCCUCAUCAUGGUUUUCGAGUACAUGAAGCACGGGGACCUCAACAAGUUCCUCAGGGCCCACGGGCCGGACGCGAUGAUCCUGGUGGACGGGCAGCCGCGCCAGGCCAAGGGCGAGCUGGGCCUCUCGCAGAUGCUGCACAUCGCCAGCCAGAUCGCCUCGGGCAUGGCGUACCUGGCCUCGCAGCACUUCGUGCACCGGGACCUGGCCACGAGGAACUGCCUGGUGGGGGCCAACCUGCUGGUGAAGAUUGGGGACUUCGGCAUGUCCCGGGACGUCUACAGCACCGACUACUACCGGCUCUUUAAUCCAUCUGGAAAUGAUUUUUGUAUAUGGUGUGAGGUGGGAGGCCACACCAUGCUCCCGAUUCGCUGGAUGCCCCCAGAGAGCAUCAUGUACCGCAAGUUCACCACGGAGAGCGACGUGUGGAGCUUCGGGGUGAUCCUCUGGGAGAUCUUCACCUACGGCAAGCAGCCGUGGUUCCAGCUGUCCAACACUGAGGUCAUCGAGUGCAUCACGCAGGGCCGCGUGCUGGAGCGGCCGCGCGUGUGCCCCAAGGAGGUGUACGACGUGAUGCUGGGGUGCUGGCAGCGGGAGCCACAGCAGCGCCUCAACAUCAAGGAGAUCUACAAGAUCCUGCAGGCGCUGGGCAAGGCCGCGCCCGUCUACCUGGACAUCCUGGGCUAGCGGCGGCCGCCCGGCCUCGGCGUCCACGACGAACAUCUCCACAUGAACUAAGUGCCUGCUACACUGACCACACUGAAAAAGAAAAAAGACAAAAAAAAAGGAAGCGCCCCGGCGCCGGCAUCGGGCAUAUCCGUCCCCAUAUAUAUAUUUAUAUAUCUAAGUAUCUAGCUGCACCCGCGCUGCUGCGGGACCCGCGCCCAGGGCUCUGUGGGGGCCAGAGGGGCCCCCGGAAGCGCCGCCCGGAGAAGUGGGCACCCGGAAGCGUCUACACGCCGGCAUCCCGGAGGGCUCCCACGUGCCGGAUCUGAAGGCCGGCCCCGCCCUGCCGGGUCCACCCCGCGCCUCCCACGGGGCCCUGCGCCCCAGAACGUUCUCUCACCUUCACUCUGGAAGGAGUCGGGACCUUUUCAGGGAGUCCGUCCUGGCCAGCACCCCCCCCCAGGGUGGUGGGGGCGAGCGGAAGCCACGCGGGGACCCCACGCUCCCUCACCCAGGACUGGACAUUCCGGGCUGGAAGUUGCGCAGAGGACCCCGCGCCCCCAUGGCCGCAGUCAGCCUUAGUGGGGCCGGGGUACCCUCCGGGGGAAGCAGCAGUGUCCACCCCAAGCACAGACCAAGCUCACAGACUGGACCCCGCAGGUCGGGGCGCGGGGGGCAUUGCCCCUCGGCUCUUUCUUCACAGAUGGAAUCUUUUUGCUUGCCUAGAGCAGAGCCAUGCGGGGCGGGGGUUCCCGGGACCCCCAGUUCCCGCCGCCCACCCGGAAGGGGGAGAGCAGGAGGCCUCGUCCCUGUGCCCUGCCAGACCCCCAAAUAGACGCGGUGUGGCACCACA